UUGGACAACUCUAUCCACAUCCAAGAUCAAGAAUUCCUCCUCCCUGUCCAGUCUCAGGCAGGCUCAGCAGCACCACACAAAUUAUAAUCCGAUCAAUCGAUUCGAUGCACACCUACUGCCACUGCUACUCACCCAAUCUAACAUUCACCCAUGGCUUCUUCUUCUUCUUCUUCUUCCAUGGGCAGCGGCGGACAAGUACUGUCCAAUUAUGCUAAAUUACGUUAUUCACGCCCAGCAGAAACAGUAUGCAAGAAGCCCUCAAUAUCAUCAUCAUCAUCGUCACCAUUCACAACCCGCAGUAGCGUAGUUCCAUUCCCUACUACUAAUACUCGUCGUCUGCUAAUGAUUCCAAAUAGCAGCAAACUUCAUGUGUCGUUGUCGAAACCUGCAGCAGCAGCAGCAUCACCAGAUGGCAUUCCUCCAUCUGCUGAAAACGAAGAAGAAGCAGAAAAAGGGGUUUCUUUAGGAACCCUGAAAUUGCCCUCCAACACCGAUCUUGCUAGAUUCGAAACCCUCCUCUUUCAGUGGGGAAACAGCCUAUGCCAAGGUGCUAAUCUGCCACUUCCAGCACCAUUAAAGGUGGAUAAAAUCCGAGGAGGAGCAAGACUUGGGUUCAUCAGCAUGAACGAAGAAGACAAGCCAGAAGUGCUGGUUUACAUAGACUGCUUGGUGUUUCCAGCCAGGGAUGGUUCAGGUCCCAUGUUUCGGGCUGUAAGGAAGGGCCCCAAGAACAACCAGGUACCUCCAGGAGAGCCAAGGAUCAUGAGAAGCCUCUUAGCUGCCUUAAAGAAGUGUGUUGCAAUAGCAUCGUCAUCCUAUGCUUAAUUCAAUCAAUGUCGUCUUCGAAAUCUAUUUUAUUGUUCAGGGAGAAUUGAAAUUAUUGCCCUAUGUCUUACAUUAUAGUAUAUGGAGUAGUAUGUUAUGUUUCA